UGGGACGCUGGUUUAGAACGGUGGCGACGCGCAACGCGAAAGCGACAAGGACGCUAGGCAACAACAGCGCCACCAGCGCCACGGCGGACGAUCAUAACGCAGUUAAAGAGAGACUUGGCGCGGUGGGAUUUGUUCGCCAUCUCCGUGGACGUGGAAAUACCGUUUGGCGCGACCCGCGCUGCUCUACCUCCCUCUAUUUCUGGGCGCGCUGCUUUGACAGUUAAGCCCGGAGCCCAGAUUUACGAAGUAGUCGUGAACAUCAGGGUGGGUGGUAUGCGUUCCCUCGGGGUGGCGCGCGCGCCAUUCUCAGCAAUGCCGUCCUCGUCGUCGCGGGGUUGACUGGCCCCACUAGUCCCCCAGUCAUCUUCGUUCGCCGUAAACGCGCGCGCGAAGGCCAAGCGAGGCGCCUAUUUAUAGGUUUUCGCGGCACAAGGUAUGUCGAAAAUAUAGUGGAGUCGCCGCGCAACCGACGUCUCGCACAGCACCUUUGUUGUCCGUUGGAUGCUUGAUCGCGCGCUGCUAUGCACGCACGAUCGCCGCUUUUUCAUUGAUCACGCGACCGCGAUCGGUGCUGGAUCGAGCGAGGGUACGAGACUGGGAUCGAGGAAUUAUGGUGUUGCCCUAUGAUUGGCAAACGACGAAGCAGAAGGUCGCCCAAAGGAGUCAAUACCUGCUGGAGAUGGGACAGUGGUCGGAUUGUCGGUUCAUUGUCGGCCAAGAGCCCAAUCAACAGAUACUCGAGGGCCACAAGGUAUUCUUGGCCAUGUCGAGUCCGGUGUUCGAGGCGAUGUUUUUCGGCGGUAUGGCGGAGAAGAGCGAUCCCAUACCGAUAAGGGAUGUGCAGCCGGAGGCGUUCAAGGCCUUGCUCGAGUACAUCUAUACGGAUCGAGUGGACCUUGGCUCGUUCGAGCUCGCCUGCGAACUCUGCUACUGUGCAAAAAAGUACAUGCUGCCCUUCCUCGUCGAGGAGUGCACAAAGUUCUUGUGGUCCGACCUAUCGCCGAAGAAGGCUUGUCGCGCUUAUGAGUUUGCGAAGCUGUUUGAGGAGCCGGUGCUGAUGGAGAAAUGCCUGCAAAUCAUGCGCUCAAAGACCAACGAAGUGAUAAACGAAUCUAGCUGGGACGACGUCGAGCUGGAGACUAUAGUGACGAUUUUGGAUCAGGAGGAGUUGCACGUCUCGUCGGAAUUGGAUUUGUUUAAUGCUUUGGAGAAAUGGGCCAAAGCGGAGUGCCUGAGAAAGUCCUUGGACACGUCGGACCUCAAGUUUUUAAAAUCUGUGAUAGGCGACACUUUGACUAAAGUUCGAUUUCUCACCUUGACACCCCAAGAAUUUGCAGAGGGCCCCGGCAAGUCGACCAUGUUGACCCAGCAGGAGGCCUUCGCUCUUCUCAUGAAUAUAUCGUCGCCCAACAGCGACGAGCCCAUGCCCGAAGGCUUCUCCCUAAAUGCCCAGAGUAGGGCCAAUUUGCCGAGUGCGCAGACUUUUGGUACAGAUUUCUCCAAGAAACGAUCCCAGCCGCUUACCAUUUUAGAAUGGCCUCAGUACGACUUAGAGGAAUGUCCGAUUAAUUUAGUCACGUCUUCCUCGUUUCUUCCAUUUUCGAUUACAGGAGAGCAAUCCAGCUUGGUUCAAGAGCCAGUCGCUUUACGAAGACACAUGGAGGACAGCAGCGGUACUUCCCAAGGAAGGCCAUUGGCAUUGAUUAAUAACGAGGCACGCGACAGUCCAAAAUAUUACUGCGUUCGAUCUAUAGAGCAGCAAACAGAAAUAUACAAUAAUAACAUUUUGGACAGCACUGUAACUUUCAUUGUGGACAAGAAUAUUUGCGUGCUCGGUUUGCAAGUGCCGUCGCAGAUUCUAAAUAUGCAAAAUAAUAUCCAACCUCCAAAAUCAUCGUACACAGAAAUAUUGUAUGCUCACCUUCUUGAUUCCUAUGGCACACGGUUAACGUACACCCAUUUUAGUACAAAAGUUGUCGUUCAAGAUUUAAUCGAAGUGACAUUCAAUCGUCCAGUUUAUGUUCAAAAGAACAAGUUGUAUAAAAUAGGAGUUGUAUUCAAUAGAGAAGGUUGGUAUCCACUAGCAAGUUGCAGCCAACAUAAAAUCUGUGAUAGUGUUUUAUUCAGUUUUGGUGGUGGAAAUACAGUAGACACAAUUCGAGAUGGUCUUAUAAGAUCUAUAAUUUUUACUUAUCGUUAAUUAAUAAUUUGAAAAUUUAAUAUAAAAUUUUAAUUAGGU